AAAAGAAAGGCAAAACAACAAAAAUGGAAACAGAAACACCCCUCUCCCCAAUUAUGGAGUUCAUUUUUUGUUGGCAACUAUUCCUGGGCAUGGGGCCUACCCUGAAGUGUGCUUGGUAGAUCCCGGGACCGGCCAUUGACGAAAACCGAGUGUCCUUUGCUAGAAUGUAUCAAUUGUAAAUAGCUUCUUCAGUAGGGUGUGAUCCUGUGUCGGCUUCCCCAUCUCAGUGCUGGGACCCCAUGUGGCUUGAACAUGUGCAGGCGGAUCUUGUGUGUGCUGCCACAGCUUCUGUGAGUUCGUGUGUAUAUCAAUCCUGUUGGGUCUGGAAGACAGCUUCCUUGGAGUCCUCGGCAACCGCUGGCUCUUCCAAUCUUUCUGCCUCCGCUUCCACAUGGACGCCCAGGCCCUCCCUGAGGGGGGAGUUUGCUGAAGACAUCCCAUUUAGGGCAGAGUGCUGCAAAGUCACACUCUCUGCACGUUGUCCGGUCAUGGAUCUCUGUGUUACUUUCCAUCUGCUUCAAGAGGAAGCUUCGCCAACUUUGAAGCUUUUGAUUUGCAUGCUACAGUCUGAAUAACCACAGAGGGUAGGCAUAGUAAGGGGACAGUGGGGAGGAGAGGCUCUCAUGGGAGGGGAAACAGAAUAUAGUGUUAGGAAGAGGUAAAAGGAACUCUUAUUCUGCUAAGGGACUAUAGCAAUAAAAUGAUUCCCACUGACAUUCUGUUGUGUGCAUGCAUCAGUUCCUUGCUUGACCCUCAUCAGAGAAGCUUCCUGAUGUCAGCUUAGUCAACAAAGCAUCUUUUCCAGGAUGGUUAACUAGCCUAGGUGCUGUGAAUCUAGUCAUUUUCUUUCCAUCCUUGUGUCUAAAUCCUAGAGCCUCUCCCACUACUGGGUUUGCCCGUCUUUAUUCCAAUAUCCUAUGAUUUCAGUCAUAUUGGUUUUUAAAUAUUAUAUGUGGGGGGGGUGUGCAUGUAUGUGCACAUUAAUUUGGAGGCCAGGGUAGUCCCUGAGACCUCAAGUGUCAUCUUCAGGGCCAUUGUCCACCCCCUUUGAGAUAGAGUCUCUCGUUGGCUUGGAACUUACCAAUUAGACUAGUCUGGUUGGCUAACAAGUCUCAAAUAUCUGUUCUGAGUGUCUCCUCUUCCCUAUUGCUGCUGGGAUUACAGGUGCACACCGCCAUACACGGCAUUUUCAUGUGGGCUCUGAGAAUCAAACCCAAGGCAUUGAUGGACAGCUGUCUCCCGAGCCCUGCUUGCUUGAAAACUCCUAUCUGGGAAUGUUUCUUCUAACUUUCUUGUUUUACUUAAAGACUGGAUAGUCUAAGCAACUUCAUAUCCGUACUCAUUACCAGGUUGCCUCUUUUUUUCUUUUUCUUUUUCUUUUUGUUUUGUUUUGUUUUGUUGAGACAGGGUUUCUCUGUGUAGCUUUGGCGCCUGUUUUGGAUCUCACUCUGUAGACUAGGCUGGCUUUGAACUCACAGAGAUCAGCCUGCCUCUGCCUCCUAAGUGCUGGGAUUAAAGGUGUGUGCCACCACUGCCUGGCUCCAGGUUGCCAUUUUUCAAAAUCAGUUAGCAUAGUGAGAUUUUUGAAUGAGAUUGUUAUCUUUCUAGAAGGAAUUAAUGUUAAUGAGCUUUUAAAAUAUGACUUCUACUCCAUGCAAAGACUAUUCUUUUCAGUUUACCACAGUCUCCACUUUCUCUAAAUGAUGGUUUAUACUUUGUGUGUAAUGCAUUAGCACAUCCGCCAGUAUAUUCCUAAAUGUUCAAGGUUUGGAGCACACUUUCAUUGAUACUCUGAGGUUUAUUUACUAAUUGUUUGUGCUUACUAUACAGAAAUAUAGGUGACUUGUGAUCCUUGUCCCUAGGUCCAGAAACUUGGCUGCUGUCACUUAGUAACUGCAGUGGUUUUGUGUCAUUUUAAACGGUCUCUCCAAAUAGAAAUGCCACCUGUGGGUAACUCCACUUGCACUUACUCUUUCCAGCCUUUCUCUCUUCACAUUAUUAGAACAUUUAAUGUAGUGUUGCUUGGAGAAUAUGCAUCCUUGUAUUCUUUGCAACUUGGGGGAGAAAUUGCUUGGUAUUUUUAAAUGGAGUUUGAUGUUGUCAUAGAUUAGUUUUUUGUUUUGUAGACACACUUUAUUAUUAGUGAAGUGUGACAAUGGGGUGUCAUCAAGAUCUCAUCCUCACGUGUCAUUGCACUGUGCUCAAGUUCGUCUGGCCAUCCCCUCCCAUCUCCCUCUUCCCCCUCUGCUCCUGCACUUCCUCCACCCAAAUGGGCCUGAUGCUGCUUCCUGUUGUGUAUCCAUAGUGCUCAGUCUAGAUUGUCAUAUGAGAGAACACGGCGAUUUUGUCUUCUGUAGAAACACUUCAGUGGGUCACGGCACUUGUUUUGUGUUCUCAGUUGCUGAUCCUUUCAAGUCAUGAAGAGGAUUUGAACUUAAAAUGACCUAUUUCCUUGACCCUUUCCCGAGCUUAAAGUUAAUUGAAGUUAAAGCAGCCUUGCCUUUCUGCAUUGACCUGUACGGUGACAUGCAACAUGGUUUCCACUCACCUUUGGUUUUUGUAUAAUCGCUUUUUAAAGAUGUUCAUCCCUAUUUUCAGGAGAGACUGUACCCCAUAGUUUUGUUUUCUUCUAAUGUAUUUUAUAUAGAUUGUCAUUAGCUUUCUAUUAUCUUCACAAACUGCUUUGGGAAUGAACCCAUUUUUUUUCUGCUUGUGACAGAAUUUACCUAAAAUAUUAUAUCCCCAUUGGAAUGCUUACAGGACUCCUUAAAAAAGCCUUGCGGGUAUAAAAGUUUCCAAUUUUGCUUUAAAAAAUUUUACCAAAUAAGACAUUUUGAUUUUGUGUCCCAGAGGGGCAGAUUUUAUUAGGUUAUUUUUUUCUACAAUGUAUCUGUUUUUAUCUCACUUCAAAAACCAAAAGUGAAGUAUUUGGUGUUUAGUCCUCCCUUUCCCUCACUUCUGGUUCCUGGUUAUGUAGUCUUUAAUUCUUUAGCCAAGGUCUCAUCUGUAGCGGAGACUGACCUUGAAUUUGCAGCAGCUCUCCUACUGUCGGGUCCCAUAUGCUGCUCUAACAAGCUGGAACCCUGGGGCCAGCUCGUGUGCUCCCUCUUCACUGUGGUUACGGUGUCCUUUGCUUUGCCUUUUAAUUUCCUACCACUACUGUCUGAGAAAACAUAAGACUUGGAUCUAUUAAGACUCACUCUACGACAGAAAAUGUGAUGUGUUUGUAGAACAUUCCAUGGACUGCUGAAAAUAGUAUGCAUUUCCUAGCUAUUAGAUGGAAUAUUCUGUAGAUGUCUGUAAAGCCAGUUUGAACCAUGGUACAGUUAAACACUGACGUUUCUUCAUUGGUUUUCUUUUCUGGAGGAUCUAUGAAUUGAUGAGAAUCUGGUACUGUAAACAGUCAAUCACCUUUGUUAUAUCUGAACCUACCUGUCCACGUCCAAUAGUUUUGGGUCUAUGAAAUCAGGUGAACUAACAUUUAUUGUGUAUAUUUAGAGUUGUUACAUCUUUUUUGAUGUGUUGUUUUCUUUUUUAAGAUGCAGUGACCUUCUUUAUUUCUUUUUAUAACUUUCACCUUGGGGUCAGUUUUUUCAGAUAGGAAUCUAGAUGCUCUUGCAUUUGCAUAGAUUCUGUUUGCCUAGGAAUGCAAUGUUCCAUACUUUCACUGUUUUUGUUUAUCCUUGACAGUGAAGUUUCCUGAGACAGGAGACAGUUGAAUCUUAUUUUUAAUCCCUUCAUCCAAUAUGCAUAUUGUAGUUGGAGAGUUAAGACCAUUUAUAUUUAUAAGGUAUGUAUUAAUUUCUCCCAUAUUCAUCUUAAAGCUUUGUAGGUUUACUGAGAUAAAAAUAUUUGCCCCUUUCCAAAUGCCCACUUAUCUUUCUAUUCUUCUGUUUUUUUAUUCCCCAAGCUUUCAUGUUGCUGUCUAUCUUAUCUUCUGUGUAUAAUAUUCUAUUAACUAUCUUCGUUGGCGAUAGCUUAGUGAUGAUGAAUUGCUUUAGUUCAUCUUUAUUAUGGAAGGACUUUAUUUCUCUUCUGAUUUUAAGGAUAAAAAAUGAGGGAGUAGUAAUCUUGGUUAGCAGUUACUGACUUUCUCUCUCUCUUCUUUCUUUUUUUUGUUUGUUCUUUUGAGACAAAGUCUCUUUAUAUAGCCUUGGCUGUCCUGGAACUGACCAUGUAGACCAGGCUGGCCUCAAACUCACUCUGCUUUUACCUCCCAAGUAGUGGGGUUAAAGGCAUGAACCACGGUGCCCAGCUAGUUACUGACUUUCAAGAGUUGAAAUACUGGACAGAGCAAUGUGUCAGUAGGCGGAGCUGAUUGCCUCCAAGCCUCAUGACCUGAGUCCGAUUCCUGAGCCCCAUGUGGUGGAAGGAGAGAACCAACACGGCUUUGGUUUUCAGUACUUGGUCCGGCUCUAGGGUUUCUUCACAGAAGUCUUCUGGUUCUGAUGGGUUUGCCUUUGUACCUAACUUGGAGCUUCCGUCAUACAACUUGCAUUAAGUUUUCUUUGGCUCCAUCCUUAUUAGAGUUUUAAGAUGACAUGGAGAGGUAGUUUUCUGGGCAUGUCUAGUCAGGGUUGCAAAUUUGUCCUGUCCUUACAUGACCAUAUCUUUCCCAAGAUUUGGGAAAAUUUCUGCUGGACUUUUGUGGAAUAGAGUUUAUGUGUUUAGAUUGUAACUUGGUUCCUUUUUUAAGCUCAGAGUUCAUAGGAUUGUUCUCUUUUUCAAAAUAUUUGUUUUAUGUAUGUGAAUGUUUGACCUGCAUAUAUAUAUGUGUGUGCAUCAUGUGUGUGUCUGCACAGAGGUCAGAAGAGGGCAUUGGAUCCUUCCCUGGAACUGGAGUUAUAGAUAGUUGUGGACCACCAUGUGUGUGCUGGUAAUCAAACCAGAGUCCUCUGAAGGAACAAGUGCUGUUGAUAGCCGAACCAUCUCUCCGGCCAGGCUUGGUCUCUUAAUCAUGUCUCAGUGUUCCUUGAAUGCUGUGGUCAUGAUUACUCUGUUUUUUAAAUUUGAUUGUUGCUAUGUGAGUGCAAUAAUUCCUCAGUCAUGUAUUUAAUUCUUGGAAUUCUUUGUUAUGCUUGGUCUAGAUGCUCUCUUUAAACGUUUUGUUUAAUUAAUUAACCGUUACAUUUCCAAGGUAUCUGAUUGGCUCCCCCACCCCACCCCCAGAGGGAUGUCUAUCUCAUUGCCAAAGUUUUCACCCACUUCACGAAUUUACUUCUUCCCUUUAUUCUUCCAUUUCUCGUGACCCCUUUGAGCUCAGAGAUCAUCUAACACACUGAACUUCUGGGUUUUUCUGCACUGAAAACAUUUAAAUAUUUUCACUUUAUUUAUCAAGAAGCCAUAAGCUUUUAGAGGAACCUCAUAGCCUUGCUUUUUUCACAUUUUAGUUCCUGUGUUUUCCUGACUCUUCUCACUGGAGAAUCACACAGAUGAAACUUCUAAACUGCAAUCUUACCCCAGAACCUUUGCUUUAUUUUAGUUUCUAUGUGUGGGAGUAUUUUGCUUGCAUAUAUGUUUGUACUCCAUUUGUAUGCCUGUUGCUGGCAGAAGCCAGAUGAAGGCAUCAGAUCCUCUGGAACUGGAGGUACAGACAGUUGUGAGCCACCAUAUGGAUGCUGGGAAUAAAACUCAAGUCCUUUGGAAGAGCAGCCAAUGUUCUUAACCAUGCACCCAUCUCUCCAGCCCAGACCCUUUGGUUUUUUUUGCAGUGUUGUGUGGUUAGAUUUUGUCAUUAAUGGAAUAAAGCUGUUGAUGUUUUCUACACAAGGAUGAUGGCUGAAAAAAGCGAAGAGCUUUCUGUACGCUCUGAAAAGGAAGAGGACCCUGCUGGAGAAGCUGUGGAUCCUACAUUACCCCCAAUGGGAAGCAUUGUGACCAUGAUGCCCGUGGAAGAAGAAGAGGAAGAACCCCAUCUUAAGGCCUCAUUCACUGCAAAUGUAGAAGGUGCUACUGUCAGCCCAAAUGCCCAGGAGGGUGUGGUAAAAGGUGGUCCCACAGCAGCUAAAGGCUCCCCCAAAUGGGUUCCGAGAAACAAUGCUCCAUCUGCCAAAUCCAGUUAUCUUAGCAGUGCAGGGCUACUUCCUGAAGGCGGUGAUGGCACAUUUGCAGGGGGAACUGUCAGCCGUGAGGUCCCUCCCAGGGUUACAGCAGCAGCUGACCGUGGACGUGUGCCCAAUGGGUACCCUGUAAGCCGUGAGAAAUUGAAUGCUGAAAUUAAGCGUCAACUAAUGAAGGAAAUUCGACGAUAUGGGCGAAAGUAUGGAAGGAUUUUCAAGCUGCUUGAAGAAGUGCAGGGACCUCUGGAAGUCCAGAUACAGUUUAUUGAGUUCACCAUCAAGGAAGCCGCAAGGUUUAAAAGACGCCACUUGAUUCAAUUCCUUGAGAAGAAACGUGAAGAAAUAUUGUCUCACAGCUUUCUCUCUAACAGUGAUCCACCAGCUGAUAUGUAAUCCUGUUAUUACUGUGGUCAGGAAGAUGCAACAAAUAGUUUAGUGUGUUCCUGAAUGUAGUAGGAGGAUGCUGAAGUCUCCUCGAAUGUGUUAGCUAAGAUAACUACCUCUAAGAAAACUGUCUUAAACUACUCUUAAUGAAGAAGGGCUUUCUCCCUGUGCCUUUUGUUUGAAAGCAUAACUUCUUGCUGGUUUGUUGAUUUUUUUUCUCUCCCCUCUGCUAGUUGAUGUUAUUGAUGUUAUUGUCUCAUCAGGUAAAUAUCAUGACAAGUCUGUAUUCUGAAGCAGGUCACCAGUGUCAUCUCUGGUAUUUAGAAAUGCCUUCGUUCCCAACUAUUUCCUAUCCCCAUUGCCCAGAGAUAUCCCCUCAAUAGGACAUGGUGCCUGGCUUUAUGGGCUAUCUCCAAUCCUCUUUACUGAACAUCUGGGCCAGUGAAUGUCCUGUGUGAAUCUGACUGCUGUAAAUAUCCAUCAUCUCUAAGUCCAAGAGUGCUCAGAAGGACUCCACGUCUUCCACACAAUCCUCCUUAGCUCCUUUUAUAGUAGCAGCCAGUUUCAUUUGAAAAAAAUGUUUUCAUCACUCUAUGAUUUACAGUAACACAUUUGUGACUAUAGUAAAGGUAGACUAGGUCUUCCUAAAUAUUCAGAGGACAUUUACGAUUACCACUUCAGUGAAGACUCCCCUUCCUCCUCCUCCUCCUCCUCCUCCUCCUCCUCCUCCUCCUCCUCCUCCUCCUCCUCCUCCUUGAUGCUAAGAGGAAACUCCCACCUUCCAAGUUCUUUCAACAUGGCCUCCAAAGGCAGAAGGUGACAUGUCAGAAGGUAACUAACUCCAUGGUUACGCUGAGCCGGUCCAGUCAGGAUUACGGCAGAAAGAUCAGUGACAGCUGGCAGCAAGUGUUCAUGGCUGUGCUUCCUUUCCUAUGAGUUCCAUGUUUAGAAGGGGUAUAAUGAGGCAUAUCUUGAUGAUCAAUAUCACCUUUCUAAGACCACAAAUGGUUUUCUCAUAAUACAGUAGAUGGGAAUUAAAAUUCAUAUCCAGAAUAAUAGCACUUGCUGUUCUUCCCUGAGGACCCUAGUUUGGUUCCAGCACCAAGGGCAGCUCACAACCACCUGAAAUUCCAACUCCAUGGAACCCUACUCCCUCCCUUCUUCUGGCCUCCAUGAGCACCCACACAUGUUGUGCGUGCGCGCGCGCGCGUGCGCACACACACGCACACACAGACACACAUUUUACAAAUAUAAAUACUGGGGAAAAGGAAGUUCAUAUCAAGAAUAAGUGUCAAUUCAAGUGUAAAGAGCCACCUUUUCUGUGAUAGAAGCAAGCCAAAACAAUCAAGCUGCCAUUCAGAAGCUGAUUAAUCAUUUUGGGACAUGGUGCCAUAUGUAAGGUUCACAGUUGGGCUCUACCUCUGGCAUAUUGAACACUUGGCAGUGACUAUGCCAACAUCAAUCCUAGUGAACAAAAGUCAUUUUCUACAUGCUUAUACAUAAAUAACCUCCAUCUCUCACUAUGGGACCAGGAUGCAGCAUUCCAUCUUAGAAAUGGAAGGGGCAUACCCAAGGGGGUAUGGGCUUGCUCCUAAGAACUUAACUUUGCCUUAAGGUGAAAAGACAAAGAAAUGAGUGCCACAAGCCUUAAGACAUGAGGCCUGUCUAAUGACCCAAGUGAAGAUAAAAGCAGCUCACCACAUGUUUUAGUCCUUUUCUUCAGAAAUAGAAGAAAAAUUAUAUACAGAGAGAUAUCUGAAAAGAGAUUUAGUAAGAGGAUUGGCUCACUUGAUCAUGGAAACUGAAAAGUCCCACAACAAAGUGGAGAUCACAGACUCCAGGGAGAACAACGGAAGCUGAUUUGAUACCUCCUAGUCCAGUAUCAAGGACCAUAGAGUCUGACUGGAAGAGUGGGGGUGUGAGCCUGGAUGGCAGUGCUCAAAAAAACGUGAUCUUCUGACUUCCAAAGCCAGGUGGAAAAAGUUGUUCUAGCUCCAGAAGAGGGAUACUUAAGCUUUCUGCUUCCCCCCUUUUUAUUACAGUGUGUGUGUGUGUGUGUGUGUGUGUGUGUGUGUGUGUGUGUGUGUGUCAGAUAGAGACACACACAGAGAGAACGAGAGAAAGGAGUCAGUCUUCUUUCACCAUUCAGGUUCUGAAGAUCAAACUCACUCAGGUCAUCUCAUUUGGUGACAAGCAUCUUUACUCACUGAACCAUAUCCCCUCCCAUUUUUUUAAUCAAUCCAUGUCUCCAGCUAAUUGGAUGGUGCUCAACCACACUAAGUGUUAAUCUUCUUCCCUGGGUCCACAGACAGACAAGCCAAUCUCCCCCAGAAACACCCCCAUAGACACACCUACAGUGUCUUGAAUAUUCAAAUCCAAUAUCAACAGUACUUGGGAGGCAGAAAGAAGUGGAUCUUUGUCACUUUGAGGCUGGCCUUGUCUACAUAUGUAGUUCCAGACCAGCGACGACCAUAUAGUGAGACCUUGUCUCAAAACAAAACCCAAAUAGAAUGUCAAACCACCUGGAUUGCCCUUUCAGCAAGGAAGGGGUGAGUUCAGUGCUUGUUGAAGCCCUGAGAAUAGUUAAUGCUUGGCUAUUCAGAGUGUUUUUUGAGCCAGUUCACAUCCCAAAUCAACCACGAUACUAAAUAUACAGUUAAUCAGCAUCAGGGUUCUAGCUUGACACUGAUUUUAUGAAACUUUAGACAGAAGAAAUAAUUGAUCUUGGUAUGACAUCUGACCUAUGGAACUGCUCAACAACACAUUCAUGUUCUUGUAAGAUGCUGAAUUUGUGAUCAUUUGUUUUGUAGCAAUAGAAACCUAAUAUAAGCUGUGUGGCCAGGCCUGGUGGCUCAGACCUAUAAUUCCAGCUGCUAGGAAGGGGUGAGGCAAAAGGAUUGAAAAUUCAUGGUCCACCUGGGCAACUCAAUGAGACUGUCUCAAAAUGUAGAAUAUCAUGUUCAUGUUGUCAGCAAUUUCUAGUAGGCCAACUUCUUGUGGGCCCCUCCCACCUAUUGUUAGCAGUUCUUACUGGGGUACAUUAGCUGUACCUCACAAGCAUUAUUUGAGCAUGACUUACAGCACUUGACCAUUAAUUUUUUUCACUUUAAGAUCCUGAUUUUGUGUAGGAUUGAUUUCCCACAUUUUCUCUUGCAAAUUUGUUGCCAGCGUGUCUGGGUUACUUUCUACAUCUUUCACAGUUAGAAUUAUGACAUCAGUACAACAGAAUGGUGUCCUGUGUGGUAUAAGGAAAAGGUGAUCAGGCCUAUAAAGUCUCAUUUAAGAUACAAGCUUGGAGAGUUGAUAUGACCAUAAAAUAGCAAGUGAUGAUAUACUGUUGCCCUUUCCAGGUGAAACCAAAGCAUUCCUCGUGGUGAUUAUUACUGAAGAGAAACAAGUGUUCAUCCCAUUGGUGCUCUGUGCUAGACAUUCAGGCUUGUGUUGAUCACCAAAGCACCAAAACUACAAGUUGUAGUGUAACUAGAACAAUCAGAUUAGGUUUAUGAUAAUUCCCUUACUCGUCUCUAAAAUGUAAUUGUUUUUACACAGGAUAAAAGUAAGGUAAAAUGGAUGAUACAAUAAUUACCUACAUCCUUCAAGUCCUUGGUUGGUGCCACAAAUCAGAACAGAUUUAGGUAAGCCUGAACCAUUCAUUUUUUAAGGGGAUAAAGGGCAUGGCUCACUGUAUCACCAACAAGAACUCCAGCCGGCAAAGGAGAUCAAUCAAGGACUGAAGGGGAAGAAAAAUGAGUGAAGGAGCCAAAGGUAGCAGACUGAGUUCGUCACCUACAUUUUCAAGAGUGGGGGCCUUUCUAGAGCUCAGCAAAGGGAAGUGACAAACACUGAGAAAUACAGGGUAGAACACAAACUCACCUUUUAAUGCCACUCUCAACUCUGGUACCUAAGUACCUUCCGUGAUACCGCCAACCUUGCAGAAUAGUACUUACAUGGUGUUGUGGAGACUUGAUGUUUUUUAUCCCUUCAUAAAUUUAAAACUUGUGUGUGUGUGUGUGUGCGUGUGUGUGUGUGUGUGUGUGUGUGUGUGUGUGUGUGUGUGUGUGUGUGUUGCCUAAAAUAAAAGCUCAAUGGUGAAGUUAUAAAAACAUUUGAGAUUCCAGUUUACCACAAAUUACGUUUGAGAGUAUAAAUAAUGAAUGGUGUUCAAAAUUUUCCCAACAGAUACUAGUAGCAGUUAUACCCAAAUCUACAUAUACUUGAUUUUCCCCAGUAGAUGCUGCUACAUGUAAAAAUUACAAAGUCACUCGAAAAUGCACAAGAAUGCUGUAUCUAUUCAAAGUUUUGGUUAUAAAUAUCCCUAUUCUAUUGUGUUACACUAGCGAUUCUCAAACUUAUUUUUCUCAGAACCCUCUUUACAUUAUCAAACAGGAAUAAAGCCCUUGGAAGUUUUGUA